AUGCCACCUAAAAAUUAUUCAAGAAAAGAAGUUUCAAAACUUCUAGGAUGUUUAUCAGAGGAGAUUGAUAAACAACAACCAAAAAAUGUUAUACAUUUUAUGGUUGACUUUUUAUGUAAAAAUUAUGCCUCACAUUUAAAAGGUUUUGCACAUGUGUGGAAUGUAGAACUAGAAAAAGAAAAAAAAAUAGUUAUAGAAUUUUUUAAAAGCCAAAAAUUAACAACUGAAAUAGCUAAGCAUUUUAUCAAUGUUGGUUUUGAUAGUAUGGAAUCGCUAUUAUAUUUAAAUGUCCAUGUUUUAGAUGAUAUUGAGGAAUUUAAUCAAGUGCACUGGCUACCUGGACAUAAAAUAAGAUUACAACAAAUGUUUUCGAAUAUUGAUGAGAACAUUAAAAUGUUUUAUAAAGAAUAUGAAAUGGAUGAUUUGCAAAAUAGCAUAAAUUAUAGUUGUAUACAUCAACCAACAAGUUAUUAUAAAGUUCCAACUUUUCAAUAA